AUUGUUUGUUUAAGAAUUUAUAUUUUGUUUAACAAAAUUAAAACAAAUAAAUUAUACAAAUGAAAAGAAUGGAUAAAGAAAUCGAGAAAAUACCGACAAAACCCACAAAUGAUAACAAUUCUGAUGCAGAGGAUGAGGACGAAGAGGAAAGGGUGGCCUUUGAAGGAGCAUAUGAUCCGUCAGAAUACGAGUCGUUGAACGUAUCAAAUGAGAUGAAAAGCUUAUUCAGUUAUAUAACACUAUAUUCGCCGCAAAUGAUUGAAUUGGAGACUAAACUCAUUCCUUUCAUCCCUGACUUUAUUCCUGCCGUCGGAGACAUCGAUGCCUUUAUUAAAGUAAUUAUUUGAG